CGCAACCGUUCGUAACCACUUUAGAAGCCACUCAAGAUGAAACCCUUUGCCUGCAUCCUGGUGAUCCUUGCCGCCAUCCUGUCCGUUGGCCAGGCCUCCCUGGGCGGUCUUCUUGGCGGCGGUGGAGGAGGAGGCGGUGGCGGUGGAGCCGGCGGCAUUGGACAGCUGCUGCAGAGCAAGCUGGGCGGUCUCGGUGGAGGAUUGGGCGGCGGCCUGGGCGGUCUGAGCGGCGGCCUCGGCGGAAAGCUCGGCGGAGGAGGCGGCGGCGGCGGUGGAUACUCCGGUGGCUACUCCAACGGCGGUGGAUACUCCGGCGGCGGAGGAUACUCCGGCGGUGGUGGAUACUCCGGCGGCGGUGGAUACUCCGGCGGUGGUGGAUACUCUGCUCCCGUGGAGAAGGUGGUCAUCGUGAAGGUCAUCAGCGAGGGCUACUCCGGCGGCCAAUCUGGCGGCUACUCCGGCGGCCAAUCUGGUGGCUACUCCGGCGGCUACUCCGGUGGCUACUCCGGUGCCCAGUCCGGCGGCUGGUCCUCCGGUGGCGGUCAGUCUGGCGGCUGGAAGAAGGGCUGGUAGACAACAGCUUUGGGACCAACCACAAAUAGUUCAAACUGCCAACCAAAAAGCCAAGCAGCUUAGGUUUUAAUAUUUUUUUUUUAUUUUUUUAGAGGUAUUUGAUUGUUAGA